AUGGAGUUUGGUGAUGAGUUUACUCCUGUCAGUAAACUAUCCAAGGAGGAAUUGAAUGAAGACGUCUUGUUGAAACAACUCAAACAAAAGCAGAAUGUAAGGAAAGAAGAAACAGCGAAGAAGAGAACCGCCACAUUGAACUUUUUCCAAUCCUUCAAAUUAUCAAACACAGAAUCGAAAAAGAGGAAAUUGGACGAAUCUGAAGAUCAAAUGGACCAGGAAGACGUGUCCACUCACCAGGAUACAUCGAUAGACAAUAAGAGCCACAGCUCGGCCGAUGUGGAGUUCAUUAAAAAAACCAUCAAAAGACAACUUUUGAAUCCCAUUUUGGACACGCCCCAAGUCAAGGAACUCUUCAAUAUCAUGCAGAACACCGUCAGAGAUAACGAAGGAACAUCCACGGUAUUGAUAGGUCCCAAGUCGUGUGGAAAGACCACUUUGAUCAAUCAAUGUAUAGCAAAAUUAAACGAUCUUUAUCCAGAUCAGUUCUUUGUCAUAAGGCUCAACUCCUUUAUCCACAACGAUGAUAUUAGUGCCAUCAGAGAGAUAGCCACACAAUUGAAUGUAUUUCUUAAGAGUCAUGGCCAUCCUUUGAACAUAGAGUCACGUCAAAUCAAUAAUGCCUUCAAACAAGUGUUGAGUAUAUUAGAGUCUGAUGUAGGAGUUUCGUUCAUUUUCAUCAUCGAUAAUCUUGAAGAUUUUACCACAGGUAAUAAGCAGGUAUUGCUUUAUAAUCUCCUUGAUAUUACUACCAAUUCCAAACUGGUUUGUGUGAUUGGUACCAGUACCAAAUUCACCACCAGAGAAUUAUUGGAGAAAAGAGUCCGUUCUCGUUUCAGUCAACGUUUGAUUAUCAUGAAUAAGAUCAGUAACAUUGAUCUGUUCACCAGGGAGUGUUUGAAAGGUUUCAAAUUAUCGGAAGAAGAUCAAGCAUUGUUGGAUAAUAUGGAUUAUGGGAUUGAAUGGAAUCGACAGUUUGAUGAAAUCGGUUCUAAUUUGAAGAAAUUGAUAAUCAUGAACUUCAACACUGUAAGAAGUAUCAAAGUGUUCAAUAAUUCGAUGUUUCUCCCAUUAUCAAUGAUUUCCACCAAUUCACCUUUAUUGGAUGAUGAGAGAAUCACGUUGAAACCUCCGCAAAAUUAUAUCGAAUCAUUAAUCAAGAGCUUAUCGACCACGGAAAUCCUUCUAGCUAUUGCUUGUGCUAGAGUAAUAGAAAAGUCCAAUUUAAGUGCUUUAAAUUUUAACCUCUCUUAUCAAGAGUACACAGCUAUGAUGAAAGAGUUUAAUGAAUCUAGAACUAUCCUCAAAACCUCAUCCAUAGCCAACCACGCUAUUUUAAACAGUGUGAAGGUGACAACAAAGAUCUGGAACGCUGAUAUCAUGAAAAAUUGUUGGAUGGCUUUAUACAGAUUAGGUUUGUUAAUUGAGUAUGUACCCAAUACUGUUGAAAGAGGUAUUGCUACGGGAAAUUCCAAUAAGUACUUUAUGUUGGAUGAUAAUAAAAUGUGUCAAUUAGACAUCUCAUUGAUGGAGUUAAAUACUUUGGUGGCUGAUAAAUUCAAGACCUUAACCAAAUUGUAG